CAAAUUAGCAGUGCAUGCAUUCUCGACAUCUGUGUGCCGAUGAGAGGCCAUUUUGCACUCCGAGAGUAGGACGAAAAUGACCGAUUUUCAGGCCGUCGCUCCCCCAGCUUCUAUCUCCAACGACGGAAAAUCAGCUUUUGCUGACGCGGUACAGAGGGCCAAGCAGAUUGCAGCCAAGAUAGGAGGGUCGACGUUACCUGCGGGACAAGCAGGUGACCCGACAGUGCUGGGCCUCAAGAGACCCCUGGACGAUUUAUCGGGGGACGAACCAGCCGGAAAGAAAGCCAUGGCCUUCCCAAAUAUGAAUGACCCGUUGGGGAAUAUGUUCAAACAGAGUAUGCCGGGUAUGCCAGGUGUUGGAAGUACGACAGAGAAUUAUCAGGUUCCAGCCAAUUUAGUCGGUUUAAUUAUUGGCAGAGGCGGAGAGACGAUCAACAAAAUCCAAGAAGCCGCGGGAUGCAAAGUGCAAGUAGCGGGACAGAAUGAUCUGGACAACCCAGAUGUCAGGACAUGUACACUGACGGGCUCACUAGAUGCCGUACAGAGAGCCAAGCAAGAGUUGAACAACAUCAUCUACAACUCCAAAGAGGCGGUGACCGAGCAGCUGAUGAUCAAGGCCAACAAGGUCGGCUUGAUCAUCGGCAAGAAGGGGGAGACCAUCCGGAAACUCAUGGAGCAAUCAGGUGCCAAGAUGAUGAUGAUCCAGGACAGCACCAUGAACACUGGUUUGGAGAAGCCGCUGAAAAUUACCGGCGACCAGUCUCAAGUUGACAUGGCAAAAGAACUGAUCAACGACUUGUUAGAGAAACAGCAGCAAGAGUAUAACAACAGUAUGGCUGCUGGUGGCGGCGGUGGUGGUGGUCCUCGCGGUCCCCCAAGCUACGGGGGAGGUGGAGGCGACAGCAGAGAGUUCACUGUGCCCAGGCAGACAGUAGGCAUCAUCAUCGGCAAGAAGGGCGAGAUGAUCCGCAACAUCCAGGAGGAGACAGGUGCCAAGGUGCAGUUCAAGGAAGAUGACGGCAGUGAGGAGCGAGUCUGCAUCAUCAACGGGCCGACCCCGGCCGUCGAACGGGCCCAAGAGAUAGUGGACGAGAUUGUGCAAGAUGCAAAGCAACGUGACAUGGAGAGGAACAUGGGCAUGCGAGGCCGGGGACGUGGUCGCGGCGGCGGGCCCAACAACUUCGGCAACCGCGGCGGCUACAUGGGCGGCCGGCCGGGCAUGAUGAGGGAUAACCAGUUCAGGAACGGCGGGGAGAUGAGGGAAGUCCCUGUAGCAGCCAACAAGUGUGGCUUGAUCAUCGGUAGAGGUGGUGCCAACAUCCAGGGCAUCACGGCCCGGUCUGGGGCGAGGGUGGAGAUGACACCUCGUCUCAACCAGAUGGGAGAGAAGAUCUUCACCAUCCAGGGCACGCUGGAGCAGGUCACCACGGCCGAGCAGCUCAUCCAAGAGAAACUCAGUCAAGGAAAUAUGGGUGGCGGACCAGGAGGCGGCGGGGGAUAUCAAGGCGGAGGGCAUCAGGGUAAUCAAAAUUUCAACCCUGGGGGUGGGGGUGGCGGAUGGGGUAAUAACGGCUAUGGCGGAGCUGGUGGAGCAGGAGGCUGGGGCCAACCCCAGGGUCAACAACAGCAACAGCAGCAGCAGCAGCCGGGCCAGGACCAGGCCAAGAGCAACGAGGCAGCGUGGCAGGCCUACUACCAGCAGCAGCAGCAGUACUACCAGCAGCAGCAGCAACCAGGGCAGGCCAUGCAGCCACAAGCUGCAGCGACCAGCUCCCCUCAAUCAGCCGCCGGCGCACAGCCCACGGCCACGCAGUCGCAAGGGCAAUCCCAGACCACGGGGGCGGGCCAAGUAGACUUUACCAGCCAGUGGGCAGACUACUACAAGCAGCAAGCCGAACAGAUGAGAGGACAGCCGGGCGGGGCCCAGCAGGGCGGGGCCCAACCUGACUACAGCGCUGCCUGGGCGGAGUACUUCCGACAGCAGCAGAUGAUGUAUGCGGGACAGACUGCUCAGCCUGGACAGGCGGCUCCGGCCGGCCAGCCUGGCCAACAGCCAAACCAACAGGCUACCGGCUAUCCCCAGUAAUGUAAUCUCCAACCUCUGACAAGACGGUUACCAGGCUCAGAAAUGUCACCCGAAUUUACCUUUCCACAUCCAAAAUUUGAAUAUUUUGGCCGCCACUAGAAAACCCAAUCAAGUUUUGAUGCUCAAACCAAAUCCCAAUACAUGUAUCUGUGAAAUGUACAAAGAAAAGCUCCCUCCAAAAACAAUUUAAUUUGCUCUCUCCAAAUUCUUGAAGGAAAAAAAAACCAAGAAAGGAACAAACUUCAGCGUGCAAUCCAAGAAUUGUCUGGUUUUUUUCCUUUCUAAGAAAGUUCUGUGAAAAGAAAUCGAACGUAAUGUUCGGUGCAAAAUAUAUUGGCUGUAAUAUUGAAACUUGCAUGAUUAAUUGUUAGGAACACGGUGUGUAUUUUCUGUGAUUCCACAGUUGACUGUAUAUUAAGGAAAAAACUCGGAAGAGGGGCUUUGUCAUGCAAAUUAUGCUUAUUGUUCCACAACUUUCACUUUUUUCAAUUUACAGAAAACUCCUGUCUAUUUUCAUUGUCCGUAACAUUCUUAAGCUACUGUUUUUGGGGUCUGGGAAGUGAACGCACAUUUGUCUCCUCUUCCAACAAAAAGUUUUGCCAUAUUGUUGAUGCAUUGUUUAUGUCGAGUGCGUUGAUUUGAUAUUCUGAAAUUUGGUCGAUGUCUUUUCCCCUACCUCGUACUGCGAACUGAAUGAUUGUACACACAUUGUUGAAUAUAUUGGGGUUUUGGUUUAGUGAAGUCGUCGGCGCACCGGCACCAGACUACUUUGCUGUCUUCAGAUGUUCACCAUGCACGGCACGAAUGGCAUCUUACGUUGUCUUUACGCUGAGACACGCUGUAAGUGGUGGGUCGAUGAAAGUAUCCCGAGAAUUGAAAAAAACAAGGAUUCCUGUUAUACAGCAAUCCAAAUUGAAAGUAAAUACAGUUGUUAGGGAUUAUAAAAGUAAAUAAUUAUGGUUUUAUUUAAGUUGUGCUUUAGUUAAGGGAUUUGGGGGUUUUUUCAUGUCUAGUAUUGACUGAACUAGGUUUACUGUUUUAUUUUUUCUCGGCUAAAUAUUUGAAGUGAUCAUGCUAAUUUGAAGGGUUUUAUUGUGUAUAGAAUGACAUUGUAUGAAAAAAAGUUUUGUGAUAAUUUCCGCCGUGUUUUCUGUAGAUACCUUACGCUUUUAUUGUUUAUGUUUGCGAUGUUCUUUGAGUGCUUUGUCUAUUGAACAGGUAGCAAAGGAUGCUGGGAUAGCCACCAGAGAAAAGAACGGUAGGACGAUAAAAUGAAACCAAUUGCUGUAUAAAAAAGAAAAAUGCGUUAAAAGUUGACAUUGUUACAUGUAAUAUACCGAAACCUAAUUUUAGGGUAUGUAUUGCAUCAUAGCGAUAAACUUGUUGUUUUGCUUUAAUGAAUAUUUAUGUACCAUUUCCAAUUUUUGUCAUGAAUGACCGUUGAACUCUUGUCAAUUUUGCUUGUUUUUUACCUUGAAAUUAUGUCCAAUUGGGUAAUUUUGUCAUGUUUUAUGCCACUUUCUCUGGAUUUUUUUGUUGUUUUUGUACGUAUAUCUGUAUUUUUUUUAUCGAACGUUCAGGUGGCUUUGCUCAUCCGCCAGCAAACCGUAAGUAAAAUGCCAAUUGCAACCAAAACAGGAAAUUGUGUUACGUGUUAAACAUUAUUUCAAUGCAACCUGAUUUUUUUAGGGCCAUAGAGUGAUGCUAUAUUUGUUGUAAUAUUACCCGUUAAAUACUAUAACCAGUGUAAUAUAGUUUCAGGAUUUUGAAUAUAAAACAUGUAUUACAUGAGAUGUGUUACAACAAAACUAUUAACUGACAUACCUAGCUCUGUAUUACUGUACGUUUUCAUAAUCGAGUAUUUGAUUGCAUGGGAUGGGAUUAGCGUAAGCCAAUUUUCUAGCAGGUCAGCAGAGGUCAUGCUGGGGUCAUGCGAGGUCAUGUGGGUGACCUUUUCAGCGGUUUGGGGCGUAGAGAUUUCUGCGGCUGCAGGCACGACAGCUGGCCAGUGGUAUGGGUAAGAUUAUCACAAUGAAAGAACAAUUGUCAAUAAUCAAUAUUUCGGAAAAAUUCACAUCUGCAUUGUACAUUUUCAAUAUUGCAACAUUGUUGUUAAACUUGGGUCGUUUAAAAUUGCUUUUCCCAUAUUCCUUUCUUGUGUAUUACACUGUUCCAUUAUUAUCCAUGUAUUAAAAGUCAUUACAUUGUCUUUUAUGUCUCGUUAAGAUACCAACUGUACUGGAGUUUAUUUUCAUUGUUUAAGAAUUAAAUGGCUUUGUUUUUUACCCUUA